ACUAUAAGAAUCAGUUUGCAUUCAUUCUCUGUCUGAACCAAAAGCAACCGCCAUGGGAAUCGUCGGAAAUCUCGCUCCACAGCAGCGCCAAUCUUUCGACUCUCAAGGUUUUAUUGUGAUCGAAUCAUUUGCGAGCACUCAAGAAAUUGAAGCCAUGAGGAAAAGAAUGGACGAAUUGCUUCAGGACUUUGACCCCACCACCACCGCUUCUAUUUUCUCCACCAAAAAUCAGUUGAAGUUGACCAAUGAAUACUUCUAUGAAAGUGCUGAAAAGAUCUCCUUUUUCUUUGAAGAAAAAGCAUUUGAUGAUAAUGGAAAUUUAAAGCAAUCGAAGGAACUUUCUAUUAAUAAAGUUGGGCAUGCGUUACAUGAGAUUGACCAGGUUUUCAAAGAAUUCUCUUGCUCUGAGAAAGUUUCAAGUUUGCUCUUCUCUUUAGGAUACAAGAGACCAGUGAUCAUGCAGUCAAUGUAUAUUUUUAAGCAACCGGGUAUAGGAGGUGAAGUAACUCCUCACCAGGACAACGCAUUUCUUUAUACUGAACCUAAAACUUGCACUGGUCUGUGGCUCGCUCUAGAGGAUGCAACAGUUGUUAAUGGCUGCCUUUGGGCCAUUCCAGAAUCUCAAAAAAAUGGUCUUGUAAGAAGGUUCAUAAGGGGUGAAGAUGGAGUUUUCUUCGAUAGGCCCUCACAAUCGUAUGACCAGAAAGAUUUUGUGCCUAUUGAAGUGAAAGCUGGGUCUUUGGUCGUAAUUCAUGGUGAUCUUAUUCAUCAAAGCUUUGAAAAUCAAUCUUCAAAUUCGCGGCAUGCGUACAGCUUGCAUGUGAUAGAUACCGACGGCUGCAAGUGGGCAGAAGAUAAUUGGAUUCGAAGAAAAGUUGAGCCAGAGCCCCUUUACACUUCUUGAGCAAACUCAGGAGUUUGUCCCCUGAAAUUCGCUGUCAGCCUCAGCCUUGGCAGGGAUGGGAAUGAAGGUUAAGAAAACAGGGAAGUAAAGGCAUGGAGAUUUCAUAUGCGUAUGAGAAAAAUAUUUAUACUCUCGUUGCAGUAUGUACAUUAUUGGAUAAUGUUUUAUGUUAUUUAGACAUGAGUGUCAAAUAUAAGUUCGUGUCGAACAUGACAAUUCCAAGACCAAUAAAAGUUGGCUCACCAUAUACUC